AUGCCCAAUAAAGCACAAGACGAUGCUGUUAUCAACCUGAAGACAGUGCAGGAGAUCUCCAGCCAGCUCGGUUUUGAGUGGACGGUUGUGGCUUAUGAACUCGGCUUCACCCGAGCUGAGAUCGGCCGGUUCCACACCAAAUCCACAGAGAAGAAAGUCCAGGCCAGGAACAUGCUGGAAAGCUGGUAUGAGCGGUCACUGGACAAGCCCAAUAAGACCAAGCUGCUGCAGGACGGGCUGGAGCGAGCAGGCAGGCGGGACCUGGCCGAGAGGCUGCGCUGCCUCCACUGGGGCCACCAGAAGCUGAGCCAGAAGGUGGAGCUGCCCUCCGCCUUCCCCUUCCUCGUCACUGUCCACAAGACCAUCCGCAACCAAGACGGGUUACGCCGGAUCAACGAGCUCAACCGCAGAUACACCUGA